AAACUUCUGUAGAUGGGAAUUUCUUUCAUGUUCUCGAUGUUCCCUAUAAAAGGCAAGGACAACGGCUGUCCGUCUCCUUUAAUUUUCUCCCAAGAGUAAAAAACAUUACCAAAUUACAGAGGGAGAGAGAUAGUGUGACGAUAUCCGUGUAUAUAAUUGCAGAGAAUGGGGAGAAGGCGGGAGCAGGAAGAAGGAGGAGGUGGAAAUGGGAAGCGAGGACUGUUGCCGGCGGAUCUGUCACCUGUGCCCUAAUUCUUCUCCAUUAUCGCUUUCCUUUUGGUUGGUUGGAGGAGAUUUAUUGUGAUUCUGAGGCAAUGUGCGAGCGUUGUGGUUGUGGAUCUGAGAUGUGAUCUAUAGGAAGGAUUAUUCGGGAUUUUUUUUGUCUUGCUUGUUUUUUGGGAGAUUCAUUUUGUUUUUAGGAAGGAAAUUUGUGCCACUUUUUUCUCUCUGGUAAGGAUACGUCCUUGAUCGAUGGCGUUGAGACGGGGGCCGUCUGGCGUCGGCGGCCAGAGGAGCAGGGCCGCGACUUUUCGGGUUUCGCUCGCGGCUUUUCUCGUCGUCUCCGUCAUAGCGCCUCUUUGCUUCUUGGUCAUCAGAGGAAAAGGCUCCGCGUCGUACGGUCAUAUGGAUUUUUUGACUGAUCCCAACGGACAGCCAUUGGAUUGGAGGAAAAAGCUGGCUAUGCAGCACAUUAAUUCCCUGUUUUCUCAAGAGGUUGUUGAUAUCAUCAAAGCCAACUUAGAUGACUCUGGUCCUCUCAGUCUUAAUAUUUCAAGGCCUAAUGGGUUGCCUUCUUCAUGGGUGUAUGUAAAUUCGGAUAGUGCAGGCAAACAGGAUGCAUUUAUUGAUGGUCGCAAAGCAACUGAACAAGAAACUCCGAAGAAUAAAGACAUAAAAGAAGCUUCUCAGAAAGAUAUCAAAGAAGCUGUACCUGAUCAUCCUGAAGCUACUGAUACUCCGAUAAAGAUAGCCCGAAGGGUGUUGAGACAGAAGAGGAAGGAAAAAAGGGCUGCUGAACUUGUACAAUAUAACAGUGAAGCUACUGUCAAGCUUGAAAAUGCUGCAAUUGAGCGUUCAAAGGCUGUGGACUCUGCUGUACUUGGAAAAUAUAACAUAUGGAGGAAGGAGAAUGUAAAUGAAAACUCUGAUACCACUGUAAGAGCUAUAAGAGACCAAAUCAUCAUGGCUGAGGUAUAUGCAGGCAUAGCAAAAUCGAAGAAUAGGCUUGAUCUGUAUGAGGAGCUUAUGCUUCGUUUGAAAGAGAGCCAACGAUCUCUAGGAGAAACUAGUAUUGAUGCUGAUCUCACACGCAGUCCAAUUGAAAAGAUGAAAUUAAUGGGUGACACGUUAUCGAAGUCCAGAAUGCGUCUUCAUGAUUGUGGGCUGGUAACACAGAAGCUACGAGCUAUGCUUCAAGCUGCAGAUGAGCAGGUGAGAAGCUUAAAGAAGCAAAGCAUAUUUUUAAGCCAACUGGCAGCUAAGACAAUUCCGAAUGCAAUUCAUUGCUUAUCCAUGCGCUUGGCAAUAGCAUAUUACUUGCUUCCUCCUGAGAAAAGGAAGUUUCCUAACACGGAAAAACUGGAGGACCCAACUUUAUACCAUUAUGCCCUGUUCUCUGAUAAUGUAUUGGCUGCAUCAGUUGUUGUCAACUCAACAAUAAUGAAUGCAAAGGAACCAGAAAAGCAUGUGUUCCAUUUGGUAACUGACAAGCUCAAUUUUGGGGCCAUGAAUAUGUGGUUUUUGCUUAAUCCACCAGGAAAUGCAACAAUUCACGUUGAAAAUGUUGAUGAGUUCAGGUGGCUGAACUCAUCAUAUUGUCCUGUCCUGAAGCAGCUUGAAUCUGCAUCGAUGAAAGAAUACUACUUCAAAGCAGAUCAUCCGACCACUCUUUCGGCAGGUUCUUCCAAUCUGAAGUACAGAAACCCAAAAUACUUGUCCAUGCUGAACCAUCUGAGAUUCUACCUCCCACAGGUUUAUCCCAAGCUAGAUAAAAUCUUGUUCCUCGAUGAUGACAUUGUGGUUCAAAAAGAUUUGACGCCAUUGUGGUCAGUUGAUCUAAAGGGCAAAGUAAAUGGGGCCGUGGAGACAUGUGGACAGAGCUUUCAUAGGUUUGACAAGUACCUCAAUUUUUCAAACCCGCAUAUAUCCAGGCAUUUCAGUCCAAACGCCUGUGGAUGGGCGUAUGGCAUGAAUGUUUUUGACUUGAAGGAAUGGAAGAAGAGGGAUAUCACAGGCAUUUAUCACAAGUGGCAAAAUAUGAACGAAGGCCGAACCCUCUGGAAGCUUGGAACAUUGCCUCCUGGUCUUAUUACAUUUUAUGGACUGACUCAACCUCUGGACAAGUCAUGGCACGUUUUGGGGUUGGGUUACAACCCUACCGUUGAUCGUUCUGAGAUUGAGAAUGCUGCUGUUGUACACUAUAACGGGAAUAUGAAGCCCUGGCUGGACAUUGCGAUGACAAAGUACAGGCCAUACUGGACCAAGUACAUCAAGUAUGACCACCCCAUGCUUAAGACGUGCAAGCUCAGCGAGUAGUGAGGUCUCUUCAUUUGCAGCCUGAUGAAACCAAUUGUAAAGGGCAUCCUGACACAGCUGGGGUCUUCCUUCACCUACCGCGUGAUGAUUCUUUCCACAUAUGCACCCCAUAGUUUUGUGAUUCAAUUUUUCAUUCAUUUUCCAAUUGAGUUGAAGUACUCACGCUUUUGAGCCAUUGGUGGCAUGUAUAUACUAAUUAAUCUGGCAUAUGAAAUUUGGUUAAGACAAAAUGAUCUUCAUGGAAAGGGAUUGAGAACCGCCUCUUUUUUGUGGGUUUCA